UCGAUUCCUGUCGAUAGAGCUGAUUUUCGCUGUCGUCGUCUCCCUCGUCCUCCUCUCCGUGUUGUUGUUCUCGGUGACGCGACGGAGGUGUAGCCUGACGCGGUCUCUUACGUGUCGGUCUGAAUAAAAGUGGAGCUCCGUAGACCCGGGAGUGACGAAGCGAGUCUGUGUUGGUAAGAGGAUACGCAUCCGAAGUUUGCUAAACAGAUAGAUGGCUGCCCAGAGAAGUUAUUUGCGGCUAAUAUCCGCACAAAGCCAACAAAGAGAUCAUGGCGGCGGUGUUGCAGAGGCUCUCAAAAUGAGUCAGUCUCUGCAAGGCUCGCAACACAACUGAGACAUAGAUUUUAAACGACAAUGGAGGCUGGUGCAGACACACAGCAAAGUGGUGAAACCGUUGUCUCAGAGUCUGAGACCCAGCAGAUCACCAUUGGACAGACAGGGUAUGAAUGUGGGUUGUCAUGGUUGCAGGCGUCCAUAGCAGCUGGCCAGGUGACAUCCAGCGGUCCCACAGUCACCCUUGUGCAGUUACCCAACGGUCAGACAGUCCAAGUGCACGGGGUGAUCCAAGCUGCUCAGCCCUCUGUCAUCCAGUCCCCACAAGUCCAGACUGUACAGAUUUCGACUGUUGCUGAGAGUGAGGACUCCCAGGAGUCUGUAGACAGCGUGACAGAUUGUCAGAAGAGGAGAGAGAUCCUGUCCAGACGGCCUUCUUACAGGAAGAUUCUGAAUGAUUUAUCGUCGGAUGCUCCAGCAGUGCCUCGAAUUGAGGAAGAAAAGUCUGAGGACGACACAGCCCCUGCCAUCACCACAGUCACCAUGCCCACUCCCAUCUAUCAGACUAGCAGUGGCCAGUACAUUGCCAUUACCCAGGGCGGGGCCAUCCAGCUGGCCAAUAAUGGCACAGAUGGAGUGCAGGGCCUGCAGACACUGACCAUGGCCAACGCCGGCCAGCAAGGUGCCACCAUCCUGCAGUACGCCCAGACCAGUGACGGGCAGCAGAUCCUAGUGCCCAGCAACCAAGUGGUUGUACAAGCCGCCUCAGGUGAUGUACAGGCCUAUCAGAUACGCACAGCGCCCACCAGCGCCAUCACUCCCGGGGUUGUCAUGGCGACUUCGCCCGCAAUGGGCACAGGAGGAGGCACUGAGGAGGUCACACGCAAAAGGGAGGUCAGACUUAUGAAAAACAGGGAGGCCGCCCGCGAGUGUCGCAGGAAGAAGAAGGAGUACGUCAAGUGUCUGGAGAACCGCGUGGCCGUGCUGGAGAACCAGAACAAAACCCUCAUCGAGGAGCUCAAAGCCCUCAAAGACUUGUACUGCCACAAAUCGGAGUAGAAAACGUCGCCAAAAAACGCCUGCCAGGGGCUCAACAGGUGCCCGUCUGUCCCCAUGUACAGAGACUCAGCACAGAGCCAUGCAUCUGGAUAACACUCCCCACCCCACCCCUUUUUUUACUCUUUUUGCUUUCUUUUUAAAAACUGCUGAGAAAUCUUUAAAGUGACUCACCAGGAUUAGAAAAAAAGACAACCACUCCCUCCUCCCCCAUCCCAUCCCCCUUGAGCAAUCAGUCAGAGAAGCAAUGUUCAGAGCAGACGUGUGGAGGAGACUCCAACUAUACAGGGUCCUCGUGGUGAAGUGAUGGAACGGACAAUGAGGCUGUUGUGGGUUGUUUUUUUUUUUUUUUUUUGGGAUGCCACCAAAAAAAAAAAAAAAAAGGGAAGCAUUCCAGUCACUGGUGCCUGGACAAACUAGGCAACGUCACCAGCAACGGAGGGGAACUGCUCACUUAACCAUCACCACCAACAAACGACAGAACUUUUUACGUCAGAACGUUUAAUCUCCCCCAAGACACUCGGAUCGUUUGGAGAGGUUACUUUUGUGUGCAAUGUUUGUAACCGUAACUGCGCUCUUUGCAUUAACAUCUGUUACUUAACUAAUGCUUUGAACUGUAGAUGGACCCCGUCACGGGCAUUUUUAUCUUUUAGCUGUGAUUUGUUUUAUGUAUUGGAUUAUCUGCUUGCAUAAUGCCAAUGACAUUUAUUUUAUUUUUUUUUUUACUUUGAAUUUACUUUGCCUUGAUAUGACAUGACAUGAACAAAAAAAGAAAACCGCUAACCAUUACGUAAGGUUGUAGAUGGUUUCCGUGUUAAAUGCAGCUCUGAAAGAGCGCGAUGAAGAGAGACCGUAAGUCAAACCGUGUCUCGAGUGGAACUCUUUCAGUGUUAAUUUGGACUCUGAUGCAUGUCCCUUCCUUCCCAAUCAUAUGACUAAGGCUCAUUAACAAAAAACAUCCCCAUAAAAAAGUUUAAACAGAUUUAAACUGGGUUUAUGUGCUCACCGGAUGUCACGGGUAAACGGGCUCCGUGGAUUAUGGAUUUUUUUCGAUCCAUUUUUUUAUUUUUUAUUUGAUGAAUUCCUGGAUUCUUCUUGAAUAAAACAAAAAAAAAUUAGCCUUACUUGUUUUGCAAUGGGGAGAAAAAAAAAAGUUGUCUCCAUCUUACUAAACAGAUUUUUGGAGAUGCAUGGCCCGUCACUGAAAUCAUGGAUUGCUUGGUAUGUUUGUGUUAUUAUACCUUCUUUGAACAUGUAAUGUCACUAGCUUUUUGUUAUUGGGGAAAGUAAGGGAAAACCACCAGUUCCUGCAGCUGGAGGUUGAUGGGUUUGUAAUAAGGAUACCUAUGUGGUGGUUUGUGAAAGAGUCAGCAGAGGCCGUCUCCUAAUUCUGGUAAUAGGAUUACAGACUUUGUUUGCAUACACAAUCCAACCACAUUUCCCACCAUUUAACAGGAAAAUAUCACAAGAUUUCUGUUUGUUUGAAUGUAAUACUGCUAACCAGUAAUCGGUCCCAACGUAUCCAGGAGUGUUUGGUUGCUUAUUAUCAAGGCAUCAUCAUACAUUUGAUUUGACGUUAUUAGUUCCGUGGAGCGCCAAGUACGACUCGAUUGCACUUAUCAAAACAGCCUGCAAAAGAUUUUAAAGUGCGACCAAAUCAAAAAGACAAUGACAUCACAGUGAACAAAAUGGCUAUUUUUUAUGAUAACGGAAUGCCAUGUUGUAUUUUAGGUAUUAUGUAUAGUCAUGAAAUAGUAUGCUUUUUUUUUUAUGUUGCUUUUCAUUUAUUUUGUAUUCACAAUUUCUAAAUGUCAUCACCUACUUGUAUAAUACAGUGCAUUAUGUUAGAGCUAUUCAAAUAUUACAUUUUUUUGGCAGCUGUUAAUAAAUGUGUUUCUGGUAAUCUUUUAA